GUUCCGCAGGCCCCGCGGCUCCCGGGUUGCGGCUCCGAGUAGCAGCCGCGGUCCGAGUCGCGGCUCGCAGCGUACGGACGCGCGCAGUCCGCCCCUCCUUCCAGAGUCUUCGUCCAGAUCCCAGCAUGCCUUCCGAGACACCCCAAGCAGAAACGGGGACUGCAGGGUGCCCCCACCACUCAGGGGCACACCUGAGGAAAGGGAGCCUGGAGAAGGGGCCUCCGGGGGACAAAGAAGCCAAGGAGCGCCUGUGGAUCCGUCCCGAUGCCCCCAGCAAGUGCUCCUGGCAGCUGGGCCGGCCGCUCACCGACUCCCCGCACCACCACGCUGCCCUGACAAAAUCCCCCAAGAUCUUGCCAGACAUCCUCAAGAAAAUUGGGGACACCCCCAUGGUGAGAAUCAAUAAGAUUGGGAAGAAGUUUGGCCUCAAGUGUGAGCUCCUGGCCAAGUGUGAGUUCUUCAACGCGGGCGGGAGCGUGAAGGACCGAAUCAGCCUGCGCAUGAUCGAGGACGCCGAGCAGGCGGGGAUCCUGAAGCCCGGGGACACCAUCAUUGAGCCCACGUCCGGGAACACAGGGAUCGGGCUGGCCCUGGCUGCUGCCGUGAAGGGUUACCGCUGCGUCAUCGUGAUGCCGGAGAAGAUGAGCAUGGAGAAGGUGGACGUGCUGCGGGCCCUGGGAGCCGAGAUCGUGAGGACACCUACCACGGCCAGAUUUGACUCCCCGGAGUCCCACGUGGGGGUGGCCUGGAGGCUCCGGAACGAGAUCCCCAAUUCUCACAUCCUGGACCAGUACCGCAACGCCAGCAACCCGCUCGCCCACUACGACACCACCGCCGAGGAGAUCCUGGAGCAGUGUGACGGGCAGCUGGACAUGCUGGUGGCUUCGGCGGGCACGGGCGGCACCAUCACGGGCAUCGCCAGGAAGCUGAAGGAGAAGUGCCCGGGGUGCAAAAUCAUCGGGGUGGAUCCCGAGGGCUCCAUCCUCGCGGAGCCCGAGGAGCUGAACCAGACGGAGCAGACGGUCUACGAGGUGGAAGGGAUCGGCUAAGACUUCAUUCCCACGGUGCUGGACCGGACGGUGGUGGACAAGUGGUUCAAGAGCAACGACGAAGAGUCCUUUGCCUUCGCCCGGAUGCUGAUCGCACAGGAGGGCCUGCUGUGCGGUGGCAGCGCGGGCAGCGCCAUGGCCGUGGCCGUGAAGGCUGCGCAGGAGCUGCAGGCGGGCCAGCGCUGCGUGGUGAUCCUGCCGGACUCUGUGCGCAACUACAUGUCCAAGUUCCUCAGCGACAAAUGGAUGCUGCAGAAGGGCUUCCUGAAGGAGGAGGACUUCACCGUGACCAAGCCGUGGUGGUGGCACCUCCGAGUUCAGGAGCUGAGCCUGUCGGCCCCGCUGACGGUGCUGCCCACGGUCACCUGUGAGCACACCAUCGAGAUCCUCCGGGAGAAGGGCUUCGACCAGGUGCCCGUGGUCAACGAAUCAGGGGUGAUCCUGGGCAUGGUGACCCUGGGGAACAUGCUGUCGUCUCUGCUCGCUGGGAAGGUUCAGCCAUCAGACCAAGUUCAGAAAGUCCUCUAUAAGCAGUUCAAACAGAUCCGCCUGGCGGACCCCCUGGGCAAGCUCUCGCACAUCCUGGAGGUGGACCACUUCGCACUGGUGGUGCAUGAGCAGGUCCAAUCACGGGACCUGGCCUUGCGGGGCGUGGUGGGGGGGCCCUCAGACCACAGCAACGGGAAGUCCAGUAAGAAGCAGAUGGUGUUCGGGGUCGUCACUGCCAUCGACUUGCUGAACUUCGUGGCCGCUCGGGAGCGUGACCGGAAGACCAAGCCGGGGAGCGCCACGGAGCCCAGAGCAGCCGGGGACACCGCACAGCUCUGACUGCGCCCACGCCUCCUGGUGUCCGUCCUCUUCUGCAUUUGUGAACACAGAACACACACGCGUGAACUCGGGCUGCCUGGCGCUGGGCGGCGGCGUAGCACAGCGGGUGUGGGAUGCUUAGCCCGGGGCCGCGCGAACAUCAGCUUCCCUUUCCUAACACCGGGCGCCUCAGUGAAUCUAUUUAUGGUUAGAGUAGCUGUGUCUUUCUUUACCUUCUAAAACGUUUCCACAAGAAAAUCGUACUGAACAGAACUCAGCCAGGCAGGUGGGCCCUGCAGCGAAUGACGGGAGCAGGUAGAUAAAAGCGGAAGAAAGUGCUUUUCUGGAGAAAACCCAGAAUGGGGAGCGGCAGAAAGGCGGCCAGGGGAAGGAUGGACCGGUCCGGAGCCCUCACUCGGCGGUCCUGUCCGCUGGGGGCUGGGCUGCUUAGAGUGACUUCAGUGUUGGGGGGGCUCUUGAUUGAGGUGAAAUUCGCAAAACCUUAAAUGAAUGAUUUAAAAACGUAGGUUCUCGGGGCGCCUGGGUGGCUUGAUUGUCUGACUUCGGCUCAGGUC